AUGGACAAAGAACACUACAAAGAUAUGGUCCUAGAACAACUAGAUGAUAUAAACUUUUACAAGGAACUACCUUCGAAUGAAGACAAGAAGACGAUGUCUACAAUGAAAAAAUAUACUUCAAAAUUUUCCCAUAAUUUAACCAAAAAGGAGAUAGAUUUUCUUCUCAAUUUUGAAGUAAAAACUAGUAACUUUUACGGAUUACCGAAAAUUCAUAAAUCUAAACAAAUUCAAAACGGAAUACAGGAAAUGAGUGAACCUUAUAUUAAAUUGCCACGUCCAACAGACUUAAAACUACGCCCUAUUGUAGCUGGUCCUUCUUGUCCAACACAGAGACUUAGCAAUUUGCUAGAUAUUAUACUAAAACCUUUCUGCAAAUUAGUACCCAGUUUUAUUCGGGACGACAUGGAUUUUCUCAACCAUAUUCCAGAAAGUAUUGAAGAAAAUACGAAAUUAGUGAGUUUUGAUGUUACUAGUUUAUAUACAAAUAUUCCCCACAAUUUAGGACUAGAAGCCAUCUCCUUUUGGAUUGACAAGCACCCAGAUGUAAUCCAGCCGAGAUUUUCAAAAGAAUUUAUCCUCGAAGGACUUAAAAUAGUUUUGCAAAAUAAUCAUUUCUUUUUUGAUGACAAGUACUAUCUACAAACAAAAGGGACAGCAAUGGGGACAAAAGUCGCCCCUACCUACGCAACUCUCGUUCUAGGUUUUCUGGAGGAAAAACUUUUUUCGGAAUGCAAAACAUUUUUUGGAGAGGAUUUUGAUACAUACAUUGAAAGAAACUGGAAACGUUAUUUAGAUGACUGUUUUAUUUUUUGGACAAAAUCUCUACAAGAUCUACAACAGUUUAACAGCAUUCUAAAUCGGCUCCAUGAAAGUAUGCAUUUUACAAUGGAAAUCAGUGAAAACAAAUUGCCAUUUUUAGACAUUCUUAUUAUAAAAGAGGGAAGAAAAAUCAUAACGGAUCUCUAUUACAAGAGCACAGACUCCCAUCAAUAUUUGAUUUUCAACUCAUGCCAUCCCUCCCAUACUAAACGAAACAUCCCAUUCAAUAUGGCCAGGCGAAUUUGUACUAUUGUUAUUGAUGAGGAUCGCAGAAAUACAAGACUGUGUGAACUAAGAAUUUUUCUUUCUAGACAAAAAUAUCCAUCAAAAUUAAUUGAGGCUGCUAUACAAAAGGCAAAGGAAAUACCCAUUAACGAAUUACGUACUAUUAGACAUCACGAAGAGGAGAACAACGAAAAGAUCCCUUUUGUUCUAACCCACAACCCAAGAAAUCACAACAUCUUUAAAACUGCCAAACAAUUUUUCCCUAUUAUUCAACAAUCAGAAACAUUAAGGGACCUUAUUAAACCAAAGGAUAUACUACACAGCAGGCGUCAACCUCCCAAUUUGAAAAAGAUUCUUACCACUGCCAAAUUUACAUCGAACCCCGAGAAACCGAUGGUUUCUAAGUGCGUUGGAUCCACGAUGCGGAACCUGUCAAGUCAAGUUUAA